AUGGUGAAUCAAACAACUACGGAUAAUUUGUACAUACGACAUCACUGUUUCUGCCAUUUUCAGGACGACGUUUCAAAGAGCUUAAAUCUUAAUAAUAUUUUUGAAGAAUUUUUUAAAGAUGAUGAAAAAUCUAAUUCAAUUAAUUAUUGUAACAGUGUGGACAAACAUAAUGAUUAUAAUGAGAUCAAUGAUCUUUGCGGUCACCUAAUUAAUUACUUAAGAAAAAUCCCCCAAGUUAAUGAUUGGAGAAAGCGUUAUGAUUAUUGUGAUUAUUUAACUUAUUGGUUGCAUGAUAAAGUAGGAUAUAUAUAUAAAAAAGAUUCAGAAAAAACAGGUAAUAUACCAUUUUUUAAAAAUCUUAUUGAUGUAAUGAAUAAGGUUAAUGCUGAAUAUAAGAAGCAAGACUGUAAGGGUUUUAUAUUUUGGUCUUCAGGUCCUAAUUACGCUGAUUGUUCUCCUAGCUAUAAACCAGAUGAAUUAAUAAGUAAAUUAUAUGAAUGUAAAAAUGAAGGACAUGAAAAUGUAAUGGAUGUAAAUGUGAGGAAAGUAGAAAAUGAAGAAACUUUAAAAAGUGAAAAACCUGAAAAUGCAGUAAGUCUACCAAAUUCAGGUCCUGCAGAAUCACCAAUACAAGAUUCACCAGGUCAAGAUUUGUCAAGUCAAAAUUCUAAAGAUUCACAAAGUCCGGGAUUACCAAUUCCAUCAGAUUCAAGGACUUUAACAUUAGAAUCUUCAGAAGAGAAAGAAUCUCUAUAUAAAGCAGAUCCUAUACAUUAUCAAACAGUAGUUCACGUUUCACAUGAAAGUUAUGAUGUCCGUCAUAAUGAUUCUAGAACUAUACUUACACCUCGUGAGGAUAUUGUCGAUUCUUCUAAUUUUCUCCAAAGAAUAUAUGAUAUACUAUAUCCAAAGCAUUUUCGUCACUUAAUUCUGGGUACUUCAAUAGUUCUGGUAGCUUCCUUCCUUAUAUUUUUCUUUAUGUCUACUUCAUUAGGGUCGCAAUUAAAUAAAAUGGAUGAAAGAAAAAGAGAAUAUGAGAGUAAUUAUUGUAAUAAAGACGAAGAAGAAUUAUCAGAAUAUGGGUCAGAAUUAGAACAUACAAAUCCCUCAAUAAGUGAGGUAUAUUUAUCAUAUGAACCUAGGCGUGAUUAUUUUGGUUAA